AUACUAUAAAUAAGGUCCAAGCUAUGUGCCUGAAAUCUGGGUGCAAAUUUUCUUACACAGUCAUUUUAAUGCAUUUUCAACAUAAUGUAAAGGGAAAUAAUGUAAAGAUGUUCUUUUUGUAUUACGUGAAGGAUUUAUCUCUCUUAAACAAAACCAAAAGAGGAAGUAAAUUAAAAAAAAAAUCCCCAAAAUCACUAAAAAGGAAAGUAGACUUAAUCAUAUGAGUUUUACACAAGGAAAAAAGGCAAUAAACACAACCAUAUUUUAGGAGAAAACAACUUCAAGAAUGUUUCAUGAUCCUGAUUCUGUCCGGACUGUAUCACUGAAACUGUCAGAAGUGCUCAAUGAUAUUGGUGUAAAUGAGAGGAUGAUUCUGAAGAGGAGGAGGACGUACUUGUUGAGAGAAACCACGUCAACCAUUAAAGACCGACUGCUGGGCAUGAACAUUUUCACAUAUUAUUUUGGCAGCCAGUCUGAAGGGUCAACAACAAUAGGCCUUGAGUCAGACAUUGAUACACUCGGCUGCAUCAAUUUAGGUAAUGUGGUACAUGAACUAAAUGAGUGCCAACAUGGCAAGUACAAUCUACUGAUGAUCCAGGAUGAGACCACAUCACCUGGUUACUGUCUACUGCAAGAUUUACAUGGAGGUCACAGUAAUCAUCAUACAGUGUACAGGGGUAAAUUGCUGUUGAAAACCACAUAUUUUACAGAUAUUAGUAAACAUUAUAGCUGGAGCUGUAAUAGAUGGUCCUGCGGUAUCAAGACAAGGAAUUCAAGGUCAUUCUGAUCAAGAUAUUGUUUUAGCAUUUCCCUGUAAAUCAUGGCCUAUAGAAGCUUGGCCUUGGUUAGAAAGACAAGGUAUUGGAAAAUGGCCUACAGAAGAUAUGAAGAGAUACUGUGAGACUACAGGAUGUUUUAUUGUACCAUGUAGCAGUAAAACUGGUCAGGCUGAGCAACUUGAAUGGAGAAUAUCUACUUCCCAAGCUGAGAGAUGUCUGAUGUUCAGUUUAAACAUCACACAGAUUCAAUGUUACAUCCUGAUGAAGAUGAUUCUUAAAGCAUUCAUAAAUCCUCAGUGUGACAGUGUUCUAUCAAGUUUCAUGUGUAAGACUGCUUUAUUUCAUUGUAUACAAAAUACACAUUCAAAUAACUGGAGGCAAUCCAAUUUACUUGCAUGUUUAACAUGCUGCCUUGUAGUAUUGCAGAACUUUGUUAGACAGGAAAAUUGUCCACAUUUUAUAAUACCUGAAAACAACCUAAUGGCAGGAAGAAUUUCUCCUCACAAUAAACAUAAAGUUCUUGAAGUACUACAAAAUAUCAUACAAAGUGAAGGUCGCAAACUGCUGGAGAUACCCAUUGAUGACCUUGGCACAAGACUUCAUAUGAAGAUGAACAUGGACGAGUCUUUUCAGUAUUACAAAACUCCUGAAGAAAUGUAUGCCUUCAUUUCUGCCCAGCUAUUAUCUAAUAUUACAAAUGUUAUAAGUGUAAGUCACCAGAGCCUUUUAGGAGAAAUAACGCCUGAUCAGAGUGAGCAGGUGCAUGAAAGGUUAUCAAACUUUAUGUUCACACGAACUACAACAUACAGAGAAAUGGGUUUCAACAGUUUGGAAAAAACUGCAUUUAAGCUUCUUACAUCCCUACUUUCUUCUUCACUAGGAUCUGUGAUAGCAUCUCACAAUAUUUACACUACAAACAGUAUAUCCCAAGAAGCCUUGGCUUGGUAUACAGUUGGUUUGGACUCAGAUGUGUCAUCUGGUAGAUUAAAACUUGCAUCUGCAUUAUAUUGUGCUGGAGAUAUGGAAAUGACAGAGUUUGUUCUCAGAAAUACUGAAAAAAAGUAUGAUCUGAAUACAGUUGAACCUAUGUGUAAUUGUCAUUUAUAUGAAGUGGAAUCUCUGAAACAAGGAUUCAUGAAUAAAUGUCACAGUGGAAAUGAAGAACUAAUAAUAAAACAUAUCACAUCAUUCUGCAUUAGAUUUCUGCAGUGUGAAUUUUUCUGUGUUCCUGAAGAGCUACAAUAUGAAAUGUUUAGAUCUACACAAGAGGACAUGCUUGAAAGAAAUGAACUUCUUGACUUUUGGAUGGACUGGGCUGUGGUGGAUUCACUCCCUUACCUCUAUUUCCUACAGUACAAGACUUAUGGUGCUCUUCACAGAUAUAGAGUCCAGCAGCAUGCACUUGCAAAGCUGGUCAUAGCCACUGAAACAGAGCCACACCUGGGUCACAGGGAAACAGCCCUGAACUUAUUAGGCCAGUGUAUGGAACAGGAAAACAGACAUAUGGAUGCUUUAGCAUGCUACAUGAAAUCUUUGGAUAUCCGAGCAAGAAACAAUGCCGCAAAUGUUCAUGUAUGUAGACUCCUAAAUAAAUACGUAAACAUGCAGUGAACUGUGCUGAACUGAACUGAAAACUACAUAAAACAUUAGAACCUACAUUAAGAUGACAUGUACAGUUAUAACGUGCUCUGUGAAAAUUCAUACAUACAAGAUACAUUAUACAGAAUAUGUUUGCAUCUUAAUGUUUAAGUCAGUAAAUAGAUCUUGAAGAAAUAACACAGAAAAUGCUCUUAUACAUAGACUUCUUAACAUGCAGGAAACUGUGUUGAAGUGAAAACAACACUGAAUAAAACAUGAGCACUUGAAUAAAGAUGAUGUGUAUUGCUAUAUGCUCUAUGAAUAUUAGAAUGUCAAACAUGUACAUGAAGGCAACUUAACCUUUACCCUGCUAAAUUUUUAUAAUGAAUUUGUCCAUCUUUCAAUUUCAACAGAACCAUUAACUGUUAAAAGGGGUGGUUACCAAAACGAUACUGACUGAAUGGCAAACAGUGCAGAUGUUGAUCAGACUGCACUAUCUGCAUUGGUCACAAAGGAAGAAUCACUCAAGUCCAGCAUAUGGGUUAAUGCUUCAGUCAAUGAAUAAAUCAUGAAGCGAAGAUGCAUGAGUAGGCAUAUACUUUAAUUGAAAAAUACUUAUCUGCCUUAAAAACAAACUACAUGUAUUUUGUGUUGCAGAACUUUCACUAGAACUCAGUGGUUUAUUAAGCUUUGGGGGAAUGGUGGCGGGGCCCGUGCGGAGGGCAAAAUUUCGCCGUAACAACUUAAAUAGGGGAAAAAUUGCGUUGUGAUUAAAGCAGUGUUUUUCAUAAAAAUGUUACAAUAAAAAUGAAAAUGA